AUGAUAACUCCAAGAUUUACUGUCACUCAGGAUGAUGAAUACAUUUAUGUACAAAUUAAGGUGUCAAGCAUAAGGUUUAACAGUGCUGGUGUAGAGGUUGUAAUAGAUGGUUGUAUGUUUAUCUUCCAUUUGUCGCCGUAUUAUUUGAGGUUGAGAUUAUCAGAUGAAUUGGUGGAGGAUGAAACUUUAAAUACAGUGGAAUAUGAUUCCAAACAAGAGAGCAUCAAUUGUAAGAUUCUGAAGGCAGUUAAAGGUAAAGAGUUCAAGGACUUAGAUCUCGCUAGCAAAUUAUUGGCAGCAAAGAAUGAACCUAAAGUGACAGAUGGGCCGUUGAUUCAAGAAAUUAGUAAUGAGAAAGAAUCAAUUGCUGAUAUUCGAGAAGAAGGAGAGCAUUUUGAUUGGGAAAUCAAACAAGAGGUUCAAGUAGAUAAUACACCAACAACGAAAUACGGUUUCGAUAAUCUUUAUACAGGAUAUAUUGUUAUGUCCGUUGCAAAUGGCAAUGACAUUAACGAAUUGGAUGAUCCUGAACAUACUUCUCCCGAGAACAGAGUCAAGGAAAGAUUGAAGAAGGAAAAUUUGAAAUUUGAUCCAGAGUACUAUGCUGCUGAAUAUAUAACCAUAAAACAGGGCGAUGAAGAGGAAAUCCAGAUUAAUGGCAUAAAAAGAUUGCUUGGGUACCUUCCUCCUCUUUGCGAAAGGUAUCAGCAGUGGUUCGAAAGGUCAGACAAUGAAUCGAAGGAAAGAAAUGUAUCUUUUCCUGUGGAGUUCACCGAAGCGGAACAGACUCAGAUGCAAGACCACAUUCCUAAAAAGAAGUACUUAAUAAAUGACGUUAAAAGCCAAUAUCUAACGAUAUUAUCAAUAUUAUAUUCUUACACUUUUGAGCAGAUCGAAAAUGAGGGACAACAUACAACUGAAAGCCAAUGGACAAUCGGUAAAUUGACCCCACAGAUCUCAAUGUUGGACCAACAGAUUCUUCUAUCCGAGUCUUUAAUACAUUUCUCUCAAAUCAAAGGUACCAUAGUAACAGGUAUUAGAAGAGCUCUCAGCUAUCCGUUGCAUCGUAACUAUGACCUCUGUAUCAAAGCAUGGCAGUUGGCUAUCAAGCUGUUACUUGGAGGGAAACGUUUGGUAAUAAAAGCGUUAUUGGAUAUCCAUGAACUAUUCCGAUACCAUGAUGUCUACUACGUUUACAAUAAAAUUCUGUUGGAUGAUCUUUGCGCAUGGUUCAUUUCUCAGGGAAACGAUAAUGUGAUUCAAUCACUAGCACUUCAAGCAAAGAAAGAGCUUGAAUCGAUCACAAAAUCAGACAUUGAAUUUGAAUGUAUUUCAGGAAUGAAUGAGGAGACUGGCGAGGUUGAAUGGGAAACAUUGAAUAUCUCCGAAAUAGAAUAUUUAGCAGAACAAGAAGAAAUAGUACAAUGA